AUGACUGCAGACCGUCCAUACUCCGAAUCUGACAUCCCACGCCAGGGUCCACCACCCCAACAAUGUCGGCUGUCAGCAUCCUCACCUCCGCUGACCCUGAACUUCGACAGCGACCUAGAAGAUGACGUGUUCACAAGAAGUGACAGUGGCAAUGAUAGAUUCUCAACUACAAACUUAGAGAUAUUUAGAUAUGGAAGAACACCUGCUGGAGUCCUUUUAAGUCCAAGGCGUGAAAGAUCAUUCAACUUUUCAGUGACCAGCGAGAAACAUUGGCGGGAUAAGGGCGGGACGGAUGUGGCUGAUGGAGUGAUCGAUGAAGAUGUGACUGAUGCAGCGACUCCUGAGUUAGCUGAUGAGGAGCCCACAUCAUCAGAGAGUUCCAUUUUCUCAUCAAUCCUUCCAGACAAGCUAUCGGGUUCCAUAUGUACUGCUGUUUUGUUUAUGCUGGGCUGGAAACUCCUUUGCAAUAAACGG